GACAGUGACAGUGGUUCCUUGUGAUUUGGGAAGGUGUCAGAGGUGUUAUGCCAUCAAGUUCUGAAGUGCUGGCUGGUGUGGUAGGAGAAAACAGGACAGAAGAGUGGAAGAACAGCCAUUAUAUAAGAAUGUCUUCCAAGCAGGCCACCUCUCCAUUUGCCUGUGCAGCUGAUGGAGAGGAAGCAAUGACCCAGGAUUUAGCAUCACGAGACAAGGAAGAGGGCAACAAUGAUCAUCAUGUGGCCUCCCAUCUGCCUCUACACACCCUAAUGCACAACAAACCUCAUUCGGAGGAGCUACCGACUCUGGUCACCACCAUCCAACAAGACGCUGACUGGGACAGUGUUAUCUCAGCCCAGCAUAGAAUGGAGUCAGAGAGUAAUAAGUUAUGUUCCCUAUAUUCCUUCCGGAAUACCUCUACCUCACCACACAAGCCCGACGAAGGAGGUCGCGAUCGCAGUGAGCUAAUGACCAGUGUUAAUUUUGGAACUCCAGAACGCCGCAAAGGAAGCCUUGCUGAUGUGGUGGACACACUGAAACAGAAGAAACUAGAGGAAAUGACCAGGACUGAACAGGAAGACUCAUCUUGCAUGGAAAAACUACUUUCUAAAGACUGGAAGGAGAAAAUGGAAAGACUAAAUACAAGUGAACUCCUUGGAGAAAUUAAAGGUACACCAGAAAGCCUGGCAGAAAAAGAGCGACAGCUCUCUACCAUGAUCACCCAGCUGAUCAGUUUACGGGAGCAGCUCCUGGCUGCCCAUGAUGAACAGAAAAAGCUGGCAGCCUCACAAAUUGAAAAACAACGGCAGCAAAUGGACCUUGCUCGCCAACAGCAAGAACAGAUUGCAAGACAACAACAGCAACUUUUGCAACAGCAGCACAAAAUUAAUCUACUGCAGCAGCAAAUUCAGCAGGUUCAGGGUCACAUGCCUCCGCUCAUGAUCCCAAUUUUUCCACACGACCAGCGGACAUUGGCAGCGGCUGCUGCAGCCCAGCAGGGAUUCCUCUUCCCCCCAGGAAUAACUUAUAAGCCAGGUGAUAACUACCCUGUGCAGUUCAUUCCAUCAACAAUGGCAGCUGCUGCUGCUUCUGGACUCAGCCCUUUACAGCUCCAGCAACUCUAUGCAGCUCAGCUGGCCAGCAUGCAGGUUUCUCCUGGAGCCAAGAUGCCUUCUACUCCCCAGGCACCGAACACGACAGGGGCACUCUCACCCACCGGGAUGAAAAACGAAAAGCGAGGGACCAGCCCUAUAACUCAAGUGAAGGAUGAAGCAGCGCAGCCACUGAAUCUCUCAGCCCGACCCAAAACAGCUGAACCUGUCAAAUCCCCGACGUCACCGACGCAGAGCCUCUUCCCAGCUAGUAAAACCAGUCCAGUGAAUGUGCCAAAUAAAAGUGGCAUCCCGAGCCCUAUUGGAGCGACAUUGGGAAGAGGAUCCUCUUUAGAUAUCCUUUCCAGUCUUAACUCACCGGCCCUAUUUGGGGACCAGGACACGGUCAUGAAAGCCAUACAGGAGGCUCGAAAGAUGAGAGAGCAGAUCCAGAGGGAGCAGCAGCAGCAGCAGCCACCUCAUGGUGUCGAUGUAAAACUGCCCUCUAUGAAUAACAUGGGUCUAAACAACUGCAGGAAUGAAAAGAUGCCAGUGCGGAUAGAUGCCAUCACUGGAAGGAUAUGCAUUAGAACUGUAGACACAGAAAGAACACGCUUUGAGAAUUUAGGCCCACAGUUAACAGGGAAACCCAGUGAAGAUGGAAAACUGGGCCCAGGAGUCAUUGACCUUACAAGGCCAGAAGAUGCAGAGGGAAGUAAAGCAAUGAAUGGCUCUGCAGCUAAACUACAGCAGUAUUAUUGUUGGCCAACAGGAGGUGCCACUGUGGCUGAAGCUCGAGUCUACAGGGACGCACGGGGCCGAGCCAGUAGUGAACCGCAUAUCAAGCGACCAAUGAACGCUUUCAUGGUUUGGGCAAAGGAUGAACGCAGAAAAAUUCUCCAAGCUUUUCCUGACAUGCACAACUCCAAUAUUAGCAAAAUCCUAGGCUCUCGCUGGAAAUCCAUGUCUAAUCAAGAGAAACAACCUUACUAUGAAGAACAGGCACGGCUAAGUAAAAUCCAUCUAGAGAAGUACCCUAACUACAAAUACAAACCUCGACCAAAACGCACCUGUAUUGUUGAUGGCAAGAAACUGCGUAUUGGAGAAUAUAAACAACUGAUGAGGUCUCGAAGACAGGAGAUGAGGCAGUUUUUUACUGUGGGACAGCAGCCUCAGAUUCCAAUCACCACAGGAACAGGUGUUGUCUAUCCUGGUGCUAUUACUAUGGCAACUACCGCACCAUCACCUCAGAUGACAUCUGAUUGCUCUAGCACCUCUGCCAGUCCAGAGCCCAGCAUCCCUGUCAUUCAGAGCACUUACGGUAUGAAAACAGACAGCGGAAGCCUUGCUGGAAAUGAAAUAAUAAAUGGAGAGGAUGAGAUGGAAAUGUAUGAGGACUAUGAGGAUGAUCCCAAAUCAGACUAUAGCAGUGAAAAUGAAGCCCACGAGGCUGUCAGUGCCAACUGAGGAGUGUUUGCAGAAUUAAAGUACUCUGACUCUUUUGAUUUUUUGUUUUUUUGUUGAACAAAAAGUUCUUAAAGAGCCUGCAUGCAUGUGUGGCUCCUACAGUUACAUCAGCAGAAUGGUCUUAAAUGUUUCUUAACGUGUGAGACAGAUUGUUCCCCUAAUUUUCAUGAACCUGUUUUUUUUUAAUUUAGGUGAAGACAUAU